AUGAGCAAUUCCACCCAGUUCGGCAAGAUCAGGACCGUGGCCGUUGUUGGUGCCGGGCUGAGCGGUAUAGUAUCAGCCGCGCAUUUGCUCCGCACCGGAAUCAGUGUAACUGUUUUCGAGCGUGCAAACAUUGCCGGCGGAGUCUGGGAGUUUAGCCCGCAAACUGGUCGAGACUCACCGUUUCCAAGUACUCGACCGCCAGUCCCGGAUUGGGACGAGCCGAUAGCCGAGGGUUUGAGUCCGGAGAAGGCGCCGUUGAUUUUUGCUCCUCCAGGCCCAGUAUAUGCGAAUAUGAAGAGCAGGGGCAGCGAGCAGACCAUGCGCACCUCUCUUGGAGACUGGCCCGACGGGAAGCGGGCACCCCUUGACCAUAAUGAGGUGCUGGCGUAUCUGCAGCGUAUCGCCAAGAUUCACGGUGUCGAAGAUAAGAUUCACUUCAGUACCCGUGUAGAAUCUGUCACAAAACAAGGCGAUGCGCAAUGGCGCGUCCAGGCGUCUAAAUUGGUUGCGAAUUCGGCAAGUUAUACGCUGGAACGGAAGACUUGGAUCUUCGAUGCCGUCGUUGUGGCUGCAGGUAGAUACGGUGAGCCUCGGGUACCUGAUAUCCCGGGUCUAUCUUCCUGGAAGCACGCGCACGCGAAUCGGGUGAUGCAUUCCAAACAAUACCGUACACCUAAACUAUACCAAGGUAAAACGGUGCUCAUCAUCGGAGGGUUCAUUUCUGCGGCAGAGAUCACCAAUGAACUAGUAAACAAUGGUGCCAAGGUUUACCAGAGUGCGAAAGACACUAGAGUGGACUUCAGGGAUCAAUCAAACCACGAGAAUGCCGAGAAAGUGGCCAUGGCAACCGAAUUCACUACCAUUAGCAACGUAAAUGGUCGACCUACGUUUAGACCUCAGACGCUCGAUGAUGACGACCCUCUUCCGGGGAAAGUGGUGCUUCAAGAUGGUCGAGUGCUGGAGAGCAUUCAUUAUGUAAUAAUUGCGACAGGAUACCAUACCACUUUUCCUUUCCUUGGUCCGCUUCUAGAGCGGCCAUCCACGGCUUAUGAGGAUGCGGACGAAACGGUCAUCAUCACCUCCGAUGGUAGAACAGCCCACAACCUGCACGAGGAUAUCUUCUAUAUUCCUGACCCAACUUUGGCGUUUAUGGGUAUCACGCACUUCGCAUCGACAUUUUCAAUGUAUGACUUCCAGGCUCAAGUCUUGGCCGCUGUGUUUGCGGAGCGGGUUGCCCUCCCCUCGAAGGCCGCCAUGCGGGCGGAGCAGAGGCGUCGGAAAAGCCGGGUGUUGCCCGGGACUUUACUCAAUAGUAUCUUUUUACUAGACGAUUUUGUAAUACACAGAAUGCUGCAUUGGGUAAACAAGGAUUUAGUAGCACGUGGAAUUGAGGCACUCCAGGGGCCAGACCAUUGGUGGUGGGAAGCCUUCAAGACGGAGAGAGAGAAUGCUCGACCGCUGUUAGGUAUCCUGCAGGAUAACUUCUUGAGCACUUAUGACACGAACUGGGACAAAUUGGUUGAUUUGUAUUGA